UUCUGCGAUCCGACAAUGGAGGAUGCACCCGAACAGAUAACACAUCUGCCAUUCAGGGGUCAAGAAAAGCUGGAUGGGAAGUUUAACGGCCAUACUGGUUGUCACCCAGCUUUCCUAGUAGGAGAAGGUGACAUUCGGCAGAUCGGGGUGAGAUGCUCCGUAUACAACAGAAUUGCAGAGUUCCAGAGCCUUCUCAGUGAACCGCACAUCAACCUGCCUGUGUUGAGAGAACUCUGCUUCAACGGCAUACCAUUCGAAGGAGGGAUCCGGUGCCUCUGUUGGAAAAUCUUACUCAACUAUCUCCCGACAGACCGGCUAUUAUGGGAUUCAGUGCUGCAGAAACAAAGGGAAACAUACGACCACUUCUUAAAAGAAAUGAUCAUCCAGCCAGGAAUCGCCAAAGCCAAGCUCGGUUUGUCCAGAGAAGAUGUCACUUUGGAGGACCACCCCCUUAACCCAAACCCAGAUAGUCGGUGGAACACAUACUUUAAAGACAAUGAGGUGCUGCUGCAGAUAGAUAAGGAUGUGAGGAGGCUGUGUCCUGACUUCUCAUUUUUCCUGAACCCUACGGAUUACCCCUGUCAGCUGAUCAUGGAUCCAGAGAACGAGUACGAGACGCUGAGGAAGCGGGUAGAACAGACCACACUUAAGUCUCAGACUGUAGCAAGGAACAGGAGUGGCCUCACCAAUGUGAGUUCUCCUUUAAAAGCCUCAGCUUCGCAUUCCCUGAGCGAUAUAGAACCUCUGCCCAGCGGCUGUGAGGCACAUUGGGAGGUGGUAGAGAGAAUCCUAUUCAUUUACGCCAAGCUGAAUCCUGGCAUAGCCUACGUGCAAGGCAUGAAUGAAAUAGUCGGACCCAUCUAUUACACAUUCGCCACGAACCCUAACAGUGCCUGGAGAGAGCAUGCCGAAGCUGACACCUUCUUCUGCUUUACUAAUCUGAUGGCUGAGAUCCGGGACAAUUUCAUCAAAAGUCUAGAUGACUCCCAGUGUGGAAUAACCGCAAAGAUGGAGCGCGUUUACUCCACGCUUAAGGAAGAGGAUGAGGAGCUUUACCUCAGGCUGCAAGAACAGAACAUCAAGCCUCAGUUCUUCGCCUUCCGCUGGCUGACGCUUCUCCUCUCCCAGGAGUUUGUUCUGCCCGAUGUCAUCCGGAUCUGGGAUUCGCUGUUCGCAGAUGAGAACAGAUUUGACUUCCUCCUGAAGGUCACGUGUGCCAUGCUGAUAUUAAUUCGCGGCCAGUUAUUAGAAGGGGACUUCACAGUAAAUAUGAGGCUGCUCCAGGAUUAUCCCCUCUCAGAUGGGGAUGUUCUUCCUAUCUUGAAGAAAGCCAAGGAACUUCAAGACUCCAAAUAAGAUCCUGCAUUGCAGUCACUGUUCUGAGACCCUCUGGAACCUUACAGCCCACCCACCUACUGGACCAGAACUGAUACAGGGGGUCUGCGGCAUCCUUCAUGUGUUACAUGGACAUGAGUCUUGCCUUGUACACUUCUAUGGGUGACACUCCUGCCCGGAUUUGUGUGCACACAGACUAUACAACGGGCGCCAUGCUGGGAUUCCCUGGCGCUCACCCGUGCCUACGUCCUGCCCUCCUGAUGAAUGGUCAAUGCACUAUAGACCUUUUGUUUCUGGAGGGGCUUUGUGAAUAACCUGUAUCCGUAUCUUUCGGUGGGAUGGAAGACUGUUAUGGAUGACAACGCAGAGCACCGACCGACCAAUGGAAAGCCGGCAUUGUGACAAAGCUGCCUCCCGGCUUAGGCCCCGGCGCCUGAGACCCCCUGUAGUUACAUAAGUGUUUAGAAAUAUCUCGUUACAUUUCUCUGACGAAAAAUGAAACAGAUUUUAUGUUGUA